AUGAUAGACAAAUUAGGGUUUAGGAGGUUUUGGAACUGGUUGGGUAGUCGAUCAUCCUCUUCCAAUGAUAUCUCAUCAGAAUCUGCUUCUUCUUCUUCCGAUCAUUCCUCGGACACCAUCCAAAACCAAGACCACAGGUACGAUGUGUUCAUCAGUUUCAGAGGUUCUGACACCCGCAACUCUUUCGUUGAUCAUCUCUACUCUCAUCUUCUCCGGAAGGGUAUUUUUGUCUUUAAAGACGACCACAAGCUCCGCAAAGGAGAAUCCAUUUCAUCACAGCUUCUAGAAGCAAUCAGAGGUUCUCGAAUUUCUAUCAUCGUCUUCUCCCAAGAUUAUCCUUCCUCCUCGUGGUGUUUGGACGAAAUGGCCACUAUAGCUGAUUGCAAACAGCAAUCUAACCAAACUGUUUUCCCUGUUUUCUAUGAAGUUGAUCCGUCUCACGUACGACGUCAGAGUGGAGCGUAUGAGAAUGCUUUUGUUUUACACAGAUCGAAAUUUAAAGAGCCAAACAAGGUCCUUUGA